AUGUCAGUCGAUUUCUACUGCCAAGUCGAGACUCUCUUGUUAUAUUCAGGGGUUAAGUUAGCAGUUUGUCGACGCAUCGUGGCAUAUGAUUCCGUGGAUGAUCGGGCAUCACACAACAUGUUUGUGCAAAGUCUGAUGAUACCAGGCGCUUUGGUAGAAGCCUACAAAAAACUUGUAGCCAUGGACGAGGCAAAAACGUACUGUACAACUGAUACGGAGAAGUGCGUAAUUAUGGGAUGGGAGCCGUUGUGA